GCGGGGCGGAGCUGCGCGUGCGCACGGCCUAGGCUCUCCCCUGUGGGCCGUUGAAAAAUGGCGACUGUUGCCGAGCUGAAGGCGGUUUUAAAGGACACCUUGGAAAAAAGAGGAGUAUUAGGGCAUUUAAAAGCAAGGAUUCGAGCUGAAGUUUUCAGUGCUCUUGAUGAUGAAAGUGAACCUCGACCAUCAUUGUCUCAUGAAAACCUUCUAAUUAAUGAAUUAAUUCGGGAGUAUUUGGAAUUCAACAAAUAUAAGUAUACAGCAUCUGUCCUCAUAGCAGAAUCUGGUCAACCCAUAGUUCCAUUGGACAGACAGUUUCUCAUCCGUGAACUAAAUGCAUUUGAAGAAUCAAAGGAUAAUACAAUGCCUCUUUUAUAUGGAAUUUUAGCUCAUUUCUUGCGUGGAACUAAGGAUGACAUCCAAAAUACAUUUCUGAAAGGGUCUUCACUUCAGCUUCCAAACCCAAAUCUUGGCAGACAACCUAAUGGAAGAAAGCAAAUGGUUUUCCUGAACCGCCAUGAGCAAUAUUGAUCAUGUUGGGCUUCCCUGGUGGCGCAGUGGUUAAGAAUCCACCUGCCAAUGCAGGGGACACGGGUUCGAGCCCUGGUCCGGGAAGAUCCCACAUGCCACAGAGCAAUUAAGCCCAUGCACCACAACUACUGAGCCUGCACUCUAGAGCUCGCGAGCCACAAAUACUGAGCCCACGUGUCACAACUACUGAAGCCUGCGUGUCUAGAGCCCGUGCUCUGCAACAAGAGAAGCCACCGCAAUGAGAAGCCUGUGCACCUCAAUGAAGAGCAGCCCCUGCUCGCUGCAACUAGAGAAAGCCCGCGAACAGCAGCGAGGACCCAACACAGCCAAAAAUAAAUAAAUAAAAAAUAAAUAAAUAAAAAAUAAA